AAGUCAGACAUGUGCAACUUCCCUUUCAUCAAAAAAUGUCUAUAACUGCCAAGCGAGGCGGCGGCGCGUCACAGGCACAGAAUCUGCUGAAGCGUCUCACACACACACCACUCCCUGAAGAAGACAACCCAGUCGAGCUUAGUGGACAGAGAUGGAGCCAACGAGAAUCAGAGAAGGAUACUUGGUGAAAAAGGGCACAGUGCUGAACUCAUGGAAAGUGGUGUGGGUGGUGUUAGCAGACGAUGGCGUAGAGUUUUACAAGAAGAAGACCGACAGAAGUCCGAAGGGAAUGAUCCCUCUGAAGGGAGCGACACUGACCAGCCCAUGCCAGGACUUCACUAAAAGACCGCUUGUGUUUAAGAUCAGUUCUCAUAAGAACCAGGACCAUUUCUUCCAAGCGACGCAUCUGGAGGAACGCGAGCUGUGGGUCAAAGACAUCAAGAGAGCGAUCACUUGUUUAAAGGGGGGCAAGAAAUUUGCCAGGAAGUCAACGCGCCGAUCCAUUCGAUUACCAGAAAAUGUUAACCUGAGUGAACUGUAUGUUUUAAUGAAAGAUCAAGACAACGGCGUUAAAGAGAUGAAGCUAGAGAAGGACAAAAGGCUGUUUAAUCACUGUUUCAUGGGGAACACAGCGAUCGACUGGCUGAUCUCCGCGGGGAAGGCCAGGAACCGGGCCGAGGGACUGAUGUUGGCCACCGGGCUCCUCAACGAGGGCUUCUUGCAGGCCGCGGGGGACGUGUCCAAAGACGGGGCGGAGAAAGGAGCGGAGUGUGUUUUCUUGGACCAAACGGAGGCUCUUUAUUAUUUUGCGGACAGUGGUUUCUUCUGUGAGGGCUACUCCAGUGAUGAAGAUGUGAUCCUGAAGGAGGAGUUCAGAGGUGCCAUAGUCAAACAGGGCUGUCUGCUCAAACAGGGUCAUCGGCGAAAAAACUGGAAAGUCAGAAAGUUUAUCCUUAGAGAUGAUCCUGCUUAUAUCCACUACUAUGAUCCCACCAAGGGUGAAGAUGAUCCACUCGGCUCUAUUCACCUGCGUGGCUCAGUAGUGACAGCGGUGGAAUAUGUUCCUGAUGGCAAGAAACAAGAGGCUGAUGGGAAUCUCUUUGAGAUCAUCACUUCGGAUGAGACGCACUACUAUCUUCAGGCGGCUACAGUGGAUGAGCGCAAGGAUUGGAUCAAAGCCAUUCAAAGUGUUGCAAAGUCCGGAAAAUAACAGGAUUGGAUCCAUCAUGUUCAACAAACUCGUUCAUUAAACACAUGCAGAGUUGGGAUCUGUUUGAAAGAAAGAGUUGUGAAUACACCAACAAUAUCUCCUAUUCAGCGUCUUCUAAAAAUAAGACAUUUCUUGUUUCUUCACUUUCUUCAUUUGCAAAAAACAAACAAACAAAAAAACACAUCAUUUAGAGAGAGGAUGUGGUCAAAUGUGUUUUUCACCAGAGAUACUGAAUGCCAUUUAUCUGUCCAUCCAGAAAUGUCAACGCAGUGGAAAGAGUGUUAAGGGAAUCUACAAUGUUCAGCAUUUUUCUGUCUUUAUUUGAAGCACUUCCUGUUUCUCAUUUAGACAUUGUCCAAAUAUAGAGAUAUCACAGUCUGGUGCAACAAAAACUGUCACAACAGCACAGCACUACUGCUACUGUAUACCGAUAUACAAACUUACCGUUUUCUAAUAACGUAGCAUUCAUCUAUCAGUUAUGAAUUCACAAUUGAAGUACUUGGAGCAACGCAAUAAAAAUUGAUAAACACUGUUUCAAAUAUGUGUUAUAUUUGGUAAAUGUGAAUAGUUAUAGGUUAUAUUUCAUUACUAGCAUGGCUGUUCUUUGUUUCUGCCAUGGAAUAAAAGAGAAAAGAUAAUUACAACUUUUUAUCUCACAACUAAAUUUGGACUUUUGCCCCCUCAAACGAAGAGAUUAUAAUUGU